AUGACCAACCUCUGCCGCCAGCACGUACCGGGACAGCCCCCGUACCAUCUCCUCUGGGGCCCCCAUGGCUUCGUUCUUCAGGCAAUCCGAGCCCACCCCCAUGGCCGCCUCACAAGGGCGACGGCCUCUGACGGCCUCCGGCGCCUGCGCCAAGCUUUCCAGCUGCCGGAGCCACCGAGCCGCCGUCGCAAGACCCCCGCCGCCUCCACCGCUGCCGCCGUCGCCAACACCACCACGCCCGACCCCGAGGUCCCCCGCGGGGCUUCUAUAGCGGUCCCAGCUCCGGCCCCUCCCUGGUCGAAACGAGAAGAGAAGAAGGAGAAGCCAGCCGCCGCCGCCCGUCGUCAGACCCCCUCCCCCCCUCCCAUGCCCGAGGACGGCAACGAGUCCGAUGACAGCGCGACCGGCAUCCCCAACCUCCCCCUGGCGCCGUUGUCACGCAAGUACAAGGCCAUCAGGGCCGAGGGGCUGGCCGCCCACGCAAAUGAAGAGAAGAAGCGCAAAGCCGCCAAAGCCCGCCAGUUGAACAAGGAGAAGAAGAAAGCCACCAUGCUGGCUAAGAAGGGAGAAGAAGAAGAAGAAGAAGAAAAAGAAGAGAAAGACGAAGAAAAAGGCUUGGAUCUCGAGACCAAGAAAGAGAUCGCCGACGACAUUGCCACAGCGGCCGCAAGGGCUGCAUCUAGGGUGGCCAAGAGGAAAUGGGGCCAUCUGCUUCAACCAGCGCGCCGAGGGGUCGUGACCCGGCGGGUCAAGUCCAAGGCUAAUGAGGCCGUGAUGAAGACCAUUUAA